AGCCAAAACAAGGCAAUGCCUGUGGUUUUUGGUGUUGGCAACCUAAAACCAUGGGCAUAUCUCCCAAGUGCCCCCUGGAAACACCUGCCUCUUGUUUUGAGUUGAGCCCGCCCUUCCUUUCUUCUUCUCAGAUUCCACUCUCUCUCUCACCAUCACCCACCACCCCAGCAACCCCUCCUCACUAUAUUAACCAACACCCUCCAAUUCAUCCCCCAACACCAUUGGAACUCAACCCCAAAGGACACCCACUACUACACCCAAAUCUCCACACCUUAUCUUCAUUCAGUCAUCACCACCGAAAAGGACCAGAGAGAAUGAGUUCGACAAGCAGAGCUUGGGUCGUUGCAGCCAGCAUCGGAGCUGUGGAAGCACUCAAGGACCAAGGCUUCUGCAGAUGGAACCAUGUUCUCAGAUCGCUCCACCAGCAUGCCAAGACCAAUCUCAGAUCUUAUUCUCAGGCCAGGAAGCUCUCUUCUCCCGCUUCCUCCGCGGUUAACAAGACGAUCGGUGAAGAGAAGCUGCGGCAAUCUGAGGAGUCCUUCAGAAAAGUCUUGUACUUGAGUUCUUGGGGACCCUGUUGAGUCACUUCCUUCAUCUUCAUUGAGGAGUUGUAAUUAGACUAAAAAAUACAAACGUAGGGAUGUAUUUCUUCGUUUA